AUGAAUCCUCUAACUAAUAUCAAGAACCAGAAUGCGUUGAAUGACAGAGAGUUGAGUCUUGGAUAUUCUGGAGAUUUGAAGAAAUCGUGGCAUUCGAAAUAUAACGAUUCCGCGUGGAUUUAUGUUGGUGGUUUGAAUUAUGAUUUGACGGAAGGAGAUAUGAUUGCUGUAUUCUCGCAAUGGGGUGAAGUGGUUAAUAUAAAUAUGGUCAGAGAUAGAAAAACAGGAAAAUCGAAAGGGUUCUGUUUUCUUUGCUAUCAAGAUCAGCGAAGUACUAUUUUAGCAGUUGACAAUUUCAAUGGAAUUACAGUAAGCUAUUUUUUGAAAGUUUUUGAGAUAUAAUGUUGCUUUCCAGUUAGCAAAACGCAUAAUUCGAGUAGAUCACGUCGAAGAAUAUAAAGUUCCAAAAUACAAAGAAGAUGCUGAUGAAGAAACCAAACGAUUAUGGGAAGAAGGUUGUGCACCAAAACCGCUGAAAAGAAAAGUUGAAAGUAUGGAUAGACAAUUAGAAAGAGUGAAGAAAGCAGAAGAAUAUCUUCUCAAUCUUGGUGACGUGGAUGAAGAACUCAUCCGAAAAAUCAAAAGUGAUAAAAAACGAGCUAAGAAAGAGAAAAAAGAAGAGAAGAAACGAGCAAAGAAACUCAAGAAAUAUCUCAGAAAAGCUGAAGAAGAUCCAGAAGGCGAUUGGAAAGAGAAAGCAAAAUUAUAUGAUAAAGCAGUCAAAGAAGAAGAUUUAUAUGAAACAAAUACACACUUUGACUUUGGAAAGAAGAAAGAAACUGUGGAACCAACACAUAAUCUUCGACCAGAUUUUGAAAAGGUAGUUUCUUUUAUACUCUUCGAUUUUUUCAAUUUAUAUAAACUGUUUUCAGGCUGAAUGGCGAGAUAUCGAAAUUUGGAAAGUUAUUCGUGAACGCGAAAAAGCUGAAAAAGCAGCGCGAGGAGAAAAAUCAGAAGCUUGGGGACCAGAAGACCAUUAUGUUUCAAAAAGGUAUCAAUAA